ACUUCGCUGGCUUUAUGUUGGGCAAACAAUGCAAAGUCCACCUUUCACGCGCUGGAGGUAUUACUAUAGAAAGAAAAUGCUGCGCCAACGAACAUUGAAUUUUGCAAUGUUUAUUUUAACUGAACGAAAUGUACCUCAUCGUCUCGUGGGUGUGGGUGUGGGUGUGGGGGUGUUCCUCUAUUUAAUACUGGCACUCACACCCACACCCCCACCCCCACCCCCACCCACACCCACACCGACACCCACACCCACACCCACACCAGUUCUAGAAUAUUGGACAUUCAAACAAUUAAAAGAUACAAAUGUUGUUGAAUUAUUUAUCUCAUUUAAAUCAUUGCCACUUCCAAAAAUUAAUUCAUCAAAUAAAAAAACUAAAAAAACUAAAAAAAAUAUUAAUUUACAAAAAUUAUUUAAUUUAAAUGAUGAUGAUUUACAACCAAUAUCAGAUGAUGAAAUUUAUCUCAAUCAACUCAUUGCACCAGCUACGAAUGAGCAACUCGAAAAAGGAAAAAUCUCAAAUUAUGAACAAAAAUGUACUGGUCAAAAGUUGGUCAAUGAUGCUGAAUUAAUUAGUGAUGAAGAUGAUGAAAUUAUAAUUGAUAAUAAUCAAGAAGGUCAACCAGCAGAAGAAAAUGAUAAUGAUGAAAAUCCACCAGCUGCAGCUAUUGAAGAAAAAUUACCAACAACAAAACGUAACAGAACUCACCGUCAACGAUCAACGGCAACACGACAACGAAGAAAUAAAAAACGAAACAACACCCAUCGAACACGUCGUUACCAACAUUACAUUACUCGUUCGAUGUAUUAUAAAUUUAAAAUGUCAUCAAUCAAGAAAAUUCUAAAACAACAUCACAUCAAUUACAUACACAUCAAGGACGUUGAUGGCAUAGUAGUUAUUGGUGUAAAGAACUCCUUGAUUCAACAACAGUACCAACAUCAAAUACCUGAAAAUAUAUUUGAUCGAAAACAUUACCAAAUUUAUCAACAUCGUCAUCAAAAUCAUCAUCAAUCUCAUCAUCAAAAUCAUCAUCGACCUCAUCAUCAUCAAUAUCACCAUCAACAUCACCAUCAACAUCAUCACCAAUAUCUUCAUCAAUAUCAUCAUCCACAUCACCGUAAAUAA